AUGAUCAAGGGAUACUCUCGCACUACCCAAACCCAACAUGCCAUCUCCAUGUAUAUACAGAUGUUAAGAACGAACGUGAAGCCUGAUCAUUACACAUUUCCAUUUCUGCUGAAGGGAUUUACACGAUCCAUCAGUUCAAAAAUCGGAAAGGCAAUACAUAGUCAUGUAUAUAAAUUCAGGUUUGAUUCUAAUCCAGCUGUCCAAACAUCGCUACUACACAUGUACUCUUUAUAUGGAAACAUGGAUGACACUAGACGGGUUUUUGACACAAGUUUAAAAAACGACCCCAUAGCUUGGAAUAUCAUGAUCACUAGCUACAACAGAAUCAAACUAUUCCACGAAUCAAUAAAUCUUUUUAACAAAAUGGAGAAAACACAAGCCAAACCCACUCUCAUCACUCUCGUUUCAAUCCUAUCAGCUUGCUCAAAACUAAAAGACAUUAAUGGAACCAAACACAUUCAUCAAUACAUCAAGAACAACAAAAUCGAUCCAAAUGUGAAAUUAAAUAACGCAUUACUCGAUGCGUACGCCACCUGUCACAAAAUGGACACUGCAAUUGAAAUUUUCACAAACAUGAAAACAAGAGAUGUGAUUUCAUGGACAGUGAUUUUAUCGGGGUUUCUCAACAUCGGGAAAUUCAAUUUAGCUCGCGAUUUUUUCGAUCAGAUCCCGGUAAAAGAUUCGGUUUCAUGGACUACAAUGAUUAACGGGUAUGUAAGUCAAAACAGGUUCAAGGAAAGUUUAAUGCUUUUCAAGCAAAUGCAAGAUGAAAAAAUCGAACCCGAUGAGUUCACCAUGGUUAGUGUUCUAACAGCGUGUGCGAACAUGGGUGCACUUGAGUUAGGUGAGUGGGUGAAGGUUUGUAUCGACAAGAACCACAAUCUUAAAAUAAAAAACGAUGUUUUCGUGGGUAAUGCACUUAUAGACAUGUACUUUAAGUGUGCAGAAGUUGGUAAAGCAGUGGAUGUUUUCAAGAAAUUGGUGAAGAGAGACAAGUUUACUUGGACUAAUAUGAUUGUUGGAUAUGGUAUGAAUGGAUUUGGAAAUGAAGCGAUAAACAUGUUUAAUGCGAUGAUAAAAGAAUCGAUAAAACCAGAUGGGAUUUGUUACCUUGGUGUUCUUUGUGCUUGUAUGCAUAGUGGUAAGGUAGAUGAAGGGAGAAAGUUGUUUGAUGACAUGAGAAUUCACCAUGGAAUUGAGCCAGAGGUGGAGCAUUACGGGUGUAUGGUUGAUCUUUUGGGUAGAUCUGGGCUUUUGAGUGAAGCUUAUGAGUUUAUAAACGCAAUGCCAAUUAGACCGAAUUCGGUAGUUUGGCGUGCACUUCUUGGAGCUUGUGGGAUUUAUAAAGAUGUGGAUUUGGGUGAAAUAGUUGCUAGAAAACUUGUUGAAUUAGAGCCAGAUAAUGGUGCAGGGAUUCCACUUAGCACCGACAAAUCCCAUUCUAGCGGGGAAGAACCACCAUCCGCUGAAGCUGCAUCUUCAAUAGGUAGAUCCCCUCCAAGCUUGACUCGUAGGAUGGGGAAAACCAAGCAACGACCAGCUCAUUCACCUGAAUUUGGUUGGGGCACAGCGGGUAUUGAAGAUCUAAGUGCGAGCCUACCUCCGAUAGUGAUCCCUCUUUCCCUGGAACCAAUGGUUACGAAUCUGCAUCGAACUAACGAAAGAACCCCUAACGGAACUGAAUUAGACUAA